GUUAAAGUCUUGUUUGGCUGUCCUCCCUUAUUCAUACCGCCUUUUCACUUCCAAUAAAUAAAAAUAAAAACCACUUCUCCUCCCUCCAUCUACUUUUUCUUCCAUUAUUCCACACCCAAACUUCACCAUCUCUCCCAUUGCAGUUCUUCCUAAAUUUUAGUUUUCACCAACCCCUCUGUAUCUCCCUGUACAUACCAAGAAACAGAGCAACUCAUCAAUGGCAGCCAACAAAUUUGCCACCAUCUUACACAGAAACACCAAUAAACUCACUCUUAUUCUAGUCUACGCACUUCUUGAAUGGCUUCUCAUCAUUUUCCUUCUCUUAAAUUCCCUCUUUUCUUACUUGAUCGUCAAGUUUGCUGACUACUUUGGUCUCAAAAGACCCUGUCUUUGGUGCUCUAGGCUUGAUCAUUUCUUUGAACCCACCAAGUUUCACAAUUCUUACAGAUCUCUUGUCUGUGAAGCUCAUGCCACGGAGAUUUCUCAACUGGGUUACUGUUUUAAUCAUAGGAAACUAGCUCAAUCUCAUGAUAUGUGUCAAGAAUGUUGUGUUGGUGAUGGUAAUAAUAAUAAGGUUAGUGAAGUUUUUGAAGUUAAAAGUUGUUCUUGUUGUGGUGUUGGUUUGGAGAAUACUAAAUUGUUUUGUAGUGAUGAUUUUAUGACAAAGCCAUGUUCUUUGAGUGAUUUGGAUAAUACCCAGAAAGAAAAUUUGGUUUUGGGAGGUGAAAUUGAUGAAAAUGAGGUUUAUGGUGGGAAAAAGUUAGGGUUUGUGUGUGAUCGUUGUGGGGAUGAACAGAGGGUUAGUGAGAACAGAGUAGAGGAGGAUUUUUCAUGCUUUGUUUCUAGCUUUGAUUGCAAGGAAAUGGUUGUUGAUGAAAUUCAUAAAGAUGAAAUCUUUGUAGAAAAAGAUGAAGAAUUGGCUAAAAAUGAUGGUUUGAAUGUGUCGGUUGAUGAUCCAGCUUGUGAUACAAAGAUUUCCAAGGAAGUUGAAGCUCGACACCUCGAUUUCUACAUUGAUCAAGAAGAUUGUCACUUAAUUCCCGUUGAGUUGAUGGAUAGUAGCUCGACGGAUAGGAAAAUUCCGGAGAGGAAUGAGAAGAGAGAGGUGGAUAAUGAAGAUUUUGUUUUGGAGUUUGAUCAUAAGCAUGUUGGUGUAAAAUAUGAGUUGGUAGUUGAUGAUGUGAGGAAAUUUGAAGAGAAAUUGCCAUUAUUACCGAUUCAAGAAUGUGAUGAAGAAAAUAUGAUUGAUGAGGUUGAACCUGAGGGUUUAAAUGAGAGUGAAUUUGAGAAUUUAUCAGGAGCAUUUGCAGAUUAUGAAUUGGCCAAAGAAGAUACGGAACAAGCCGACGUUGAUCAUCUCGAGCAAACCUGUAAUGGUAACAAGGAAGAUGUUCGAGAAUGUCGAGAAGUAGUAGAAGAAGAAAUGGAAUUGGAUAACAACCGAGUCUCUGAAGAAGCACUUCUAGUGCAAAUUGAUGAAAUUGAAGCAGAUGUAUCAAUAGGGACAGAUAUUCCUGAUAUUGAACCAAUAGAGGAUAUAAAAACUGUAGAAGAAGACCCUUCAACCGGCAAUGCAGAUUGUCACGCAUAUGACGAUUCUGUCUCUGAAGAAGCACUUGAAAUGCAAAUUGAUGAAACUGAAGCAGAUAUAUCAAUAGGGACAGAAAUUCCUGAUCAUGAAUCAGUGGAUGAUAUACAAGCUGGCGAAGUUCCUUCUUCGCAUCUGUGCAUAGAAGAAGACCCUUCAAGUUCAACUAGCAAUGCAGAUUGUCAUGCAAAUGACGAUUCUGGUCAUAAGCAAACCGGAGAAGAUGUAAUAGAAUUUAGGGCAUUAACAGUUGAGACGCGUGAGACGAUGAUAAAUACUCAUUCAUUGUGUUCCGAAAGCAAUGAUGUUGAGGAAGAUAAGGUCCCUGAUAUAAACACUCAUUUAUCAUGUUCGGAAAACAAUGAUGUCGAGGAAGAUAAGGUCCCUGAUAUAAACACUCAUUUAUCAUGUUCCGAAAGCAAUGAUGUCGAGGUAGAUAAGAUUCCUGAUAUAAAAACUAAUUUAUCGUGUUCCGAAAGCAAUGAUGUCGAGGAAGAUAAGAUUCCUGAUAUAAACACUCAUUUAUUGUGUUCCGAAAGCAAUGAUGUCGACGAAGAUAAGAUUCCUGAUACACCAACUUCUGUAGAGAGUCUCAAUCAUUUACAUAGGAAAUUGCUGCUACUUGAAAGACGAGAAUCCAGUACAGAAGAGUCUUUGGAUGGAAGUGUUUUUAGUGACAUUGAAGCAGGUGAAGGAGUUUUAACCAUGGAGAAGUUGAAAUCAGCAUUACGGGUCGAAAGGAAGGCUUUGAAUGCUUUAUAUGCAGAAUUAGAAGAAGAAAGAAGUGCGUCUGCAGUGGCUGCAAAUCAGACAAUGGCAAUGAUAAAUAGACUUCAAGAAGAAAAAGCUGCAAUGCAGAUGGAAGCUUUACAGUAUCAAAGAAUGAUGGAAGAGCAAUCGGAAUACGAUCAAGAAGCGUUGCAGCUUUUAAAUGAAGUAAUGGUAAAGAGGGAGAAAGAGAGGGCAGAAUUAGAAAAGGAGCUCGAAGUAUAUCGAAAGAAGUUACAAGUGUUCGAGACGAAAGAGAAAUUCAUGAUGCUGAAGAGAAGGAAAGAAAGCAGUGGAAGAAGCGGAACUUCCUCCUCAGCAUCUUAUAGCAAUGCUGAAGAUAGUAGUGAUGGACUAUCUGUUGACUUGAACCACGAAGCGAAAGAAGAAGACGGUUUCGAUCACCAUCAUGAGAAUAUUAACCAGAACACUCCUGUCGAAGCUGUAGUAGAUUUUGAGGAAUCAUUAAAUAAUUUUGAGGUGGAGAGACUAUCCAUUCUCGAGCAACUCAAGGUUUUGGAAGAGAAGCUUUUCACCCUUAGUGAUGAAGAGGAACAAUAUUUCGAAGACAUAAAAUCAGUCGACCAUUUACACGAAGAGAAUGGAAAUGGUUAUGAUGAGGAUUUUGAUCAUAGCAAUGGGGUUUCGAACGGACAUUACAAGGAAAUGAACGGUAAGCAUCAUCAAGAAAGAAAAAUCAUUGGUGCAAAGGCAAAAAGGCUUCUUCCGCUUUUUGAUGCCAUUGUUACCGAGGCUGAAGAAGAUGGGAUGCUAAAUGAAUAUGAAGAAGGGGUUGAUUCCAUUGUAGUGCUGAAACCAAGCGAUAAAUUUGACAUAGACACCAAAAAGCUUGCCAUAGAGGAGGAAGUUGAUCAUGUUUAUGAAAGACUACACGCCCUAGAGGCGGAUAGAGAGUUUAUGAAACAUUGUAUCACAUCCUUGAGGAAAGGUGAUAAAGGAAUAGAGCUUCUCCAAGAGAUCUUACAACAUCUUCGCGAUCUAAGAAGCGUGGAGCUUCGUUCAAGGAACAUGGAUGAUGGUGCUCUAUAAAUGGGAUUUCCUUCAGCUAUGUCAUAAAGAUAACAGAUGGUAACUAUGGCAACACCACACUAUGUCAUACAAGGAAGUGAUGCUGGUCAUGGUAGGCAGCAAAAACAUGAAAUGAAUUUGCUUUUCUUCUGUUGUUUAUUUGCUGUUUCUAAAUAUAACAUUAUUUGGUCCAAAUGAAGCCCAAAUUUUUGGUGGGUUGAUGUUAUCAUCUCCUUUUUGAGGGGUAGAAAAGGAAGAUGAUGAGAGUAUGUGUGUGUAAGGCUGGCAAAGUUUGCAUGUCGCGAGUAAAAAAGGUCGAGGGUAUUUAGGUAAAUAGCAUUUUUUUAGUUUAUUCUUUUGAAAAAGUUAGAAUUAGGAGACUAUUUUUUUGGUUUUUGUUGCAAAUGCAAAUGAGAAAAGAGAAGAAAAAGGGUAAGUAAUCCUUUGUUUUCUUUCUCAUGUUUGCAUCAUUUGAUAUGAUAUGAGGUUUGUAUAAUUAUUUGAGGGGCAAGGUUUGAGUUACACUACAUGUGAUGUGUUCAUCCAUUUGUAAAGUACAUAAAAAAAAGUGAGUGUUUGUUUA